AUGCCGGAUCCACCAACACCAUAUCAAAUCACUCAUGAACAAAUAUCUGAAGCUGAGCGCUUCAUCCAGCAAGUAAAGGUUUCAGACUUAACGAAAAUUCUUGAACGCGCUGGGUUGCGUAAGAAUGGUCUCAAGACGGAAUUGCAAAGUCGAUUCACAGCUGCUCUCCGCUGUCCACAAACCCAAUGGAAGACUUAUCAAAGCUUGGAAUAUUUCCGUAAAGGUCUUGCGAGACCGUCUCCAUAUCAGAUUCCGACACGAAAUUUCCAAAUGUUUGGACAUAAUGGUAUUCGAGUUCCAUAUGCGGGAGGAUCGACAAUGCAUGCUGCACAGCAGUUCCUUUCUGGACCCGUUUCAACUGUUCGGUCUUCGCCUAAAUUGGUGAUCCAGAAUCUUCCUUUCUACGAUGUAUGCAGCACCAUACUCGAGCCAAUGGAAUUGCCGGCGCAUCCGACCACAACCAAGGCGAAUACGAAGAUUGCAUUCAAUUUCGUCUUGGGUUCGGAAAUUGAAGCGUCGAUCCAUAGAUUCGAUUCAAGGCCACUUCCAAGAUAUGAAAUUCAGCUUCGUUUCUUUAAUGCCACCGAAUUGGACGAGCCGCAGAAGGAUGAUUUCCCGCUCAACUGCAAUGUUCGCGUCGAUGACACUUGCAUUCCUUUGCCGAAUGUGAUUCCGACAAACAAGGCAAAUGCUGAGCCAAAGCGCCCAUCGCGUCCAGUUUGCAUCACUGCUUCAUGCGUUAGACGCACGGGACCUCAUCGUUUACACGUCGAAUGGACGGCUGAUCGCCGCACAUGGGCUGUAGCUAUUUACUAUGUUCAUCGUUUGAGCAGCAGCAUCUUGUACGAGCGCAUCGCAAGAGAUGAGAAUCGCCGCCGUAAAUCGGAGCUCACCAAACAAGAAAUUGUGAAGAAGCUCAGCGGAGCUGAUGAUGACGGAAUCGCCAUGGACAGAAUCAAAAUUGGACUAUUGUGUCCAUUGUCCAAAACACGCAUGACGACUCCAGCUCGAUGCACUGAAUGCACACAUUUGCAAAGUUUCGACUUGAACUCGUAUCUCAUGAUGAAUGAGAAGCGUCCGGUCUGGAGUUGCCCAGUUUGCGCAACAAAUGCUCCUUAUGAAAAGCUCUACAUUGAUGAGUACUUCUGUGAUGUUCUCAAGAAUGUUGCGCCAGAUGUGAAGGAAGUUGAGCUUAAGGAAGAUGGCUGCUAUAGAGUCAUGGCUGAAGAAGAAGCCAUCUUAUUGUCGGAUGAUGAUGAUGAUGAUGGUGAUGAUGAUAUCAAAGUGACUCGUGUUCCUCCGCCAUCCAAGCCGAUCUCAAAAAAGCCUCCUCUCGAAGUCGUUCUCGAUGAUAGUGAUGACGAGCGCGUGAGCAUCGGUAUCAGAAACUCGCUGAACCAAGCAGAUGACGAGCCGGCCGUGAAUAAUAAUAAUGCGGGACCAGCCCCAAGAGCCAAUGGACACAGAUCACCGAGAGUGCUUGACGUGAUCACUCUUGAUGACACGCCGCCAAGACCAGCGAUGCCACUCCGUCGUGGACAGCCUUCCUCAUCGUCCUCAUCCGCAGAGGCAGUUUCGUCGUCGAUCGUCAGUUCGACUUCGCAGGAGAAGCCGGCAACUAUUCAGGACGCAUUGGCGAACAUGUGUGAGACUGCCGCGCAAAAUUCGUCGAAGAACAUCUUUUCGAAUACGUUCGGUUGGUCUUCUACCGAUUCGAACCUGGUAUCUCGCUCGUUGUCUGCUAAUGGUAUUCCGUAUUCAUUUGCUGGAUUGCCAGGCAACAACGCGACUCAUCAGCAGCAGGCGUCGAUGUCGGCUGCGAUGCACCAGAUGGCCAGUGGCAACGCCGCCAACUGGAUCAGCAGAGGCUACCAGCAGCUUCACCAUCAGCAGCAACAGUUGCAACAGCAAGCGCAAUUUAUGGGAUUCUCGCCAUUUCGCGGGCAAAAUGGAUCAAGCUAA